AUGGUCACUAAAGGUCCCUUCUUACCCAGGCCGUUCUAUGAUUCUGUGACUGCCAAGUGGUGGGCAUCAUGUGCCAGCCACAAACCUAGAAGAUGUGAGACAGAUUCUUCAGUCCAAUCUUCACCUGUCUCAGAGAGAGAUUCAUGCAAAGGGAAUAAAAGACAGAGAUACAGAGUGCUCAGCAGUGAUUCUCUUUCCUCUUCUGAUGAUGAUGAGAAUUUUGAAAUACAGAAGAAGAAGAGACAUUUAAGGAGAUCUCUUCUGGUCAGCUUUCAGAAGUGUGCCUCAACAGGAGUUGACAAGGAUACCGUGAAAAUUGGAGGAUGUCUGGCUGGAGUGGAGCAAAUGCAAAUAGAUGGUUCAGUACAGUUUGAUAGCGUGGGUGGUCUUUCUGACCACGUUUCAUCUUUAAAAGAGAUGGUCAUUUUUCCAUUGCUUUAUCCUGAAAUCUUGGAGAGAUUGAAAAUUGAACCUCCAAGUUCAGAAUUAUUAAAUUUCCUGCUUGAAGAAGCAGACAGUGCAAGAAAAGAAAUUUUCAGAAUUCACACACGAGACUGGAUCCUGGAGCCAUUGGACAACUUACUUGAAGAGCUGGCUGAAGAAUGUGUUGGAUACUGUGGUGCUGAUAUUAAAGCCUUAUGUGCCAAAACUGGUCUCUGUGCUUUGCAGCAUCGCUAUCCUCAGCUAUAUGAAAGCAGACAGAGACUGCAGAUAAACAUGGAUUCAAUUAAAAUAAAAGCAAAUGAUUUUUCCAUGGCCAUGCAAAAGACUGUUCCAGCUUCCAGAGUUGUGCCUUCCCCUGGGCGAGCACUAUCAGCUAUUUCAAAGCCACUCUUAGAAAACAUGCUGGAAAGGAUUUUACAAACCUUACAGAGAGUAUUUCCCCAUGCUGAGCUUGCACUAAAAAAGGACCAACAGCAAGGAAAUUAUGUGAUUGACAGUGAUGAGGAAUCACCAUCAAUCUCUGAAGAGAAACCGACUUGUAAAAUGCCUGAUCGCGAAAAGGCAGAAUUCCACACUUUCAGCAGAAAUCCUUGUGACCAGCCAACAUCUUCCAGGCCACGGUUCUUACUAAUUGAAGAGCCAGGAUCUGGACAAGCUUCUGAUUUGGCAGCUGCAGUAAUAAAUUCCCUGGAAAAGUUUCCAAUGUAUUCACUAGAUACACCAGCUUUGUUUGCUAGCACAUUACCAGAUGAAACGUGUACAGUUUUCUUAUCCAAGCUUUCAUUUUACCAGUUGAUGCGAGAAGCUCAGAGAUCAGCACCGAGUAUCAUAUAUGUCCCACAAAUCCCUUCAUGGUAGGAGACCGUUGGAACUACGCUGAGAUCUGUUUUUGCAACACUACUGCAAAGCAUCCCAAGGUUUACUCCAGUUUUACUCCUUGCAACAUCUAAUGUACAACUGAGAGAUCUCCCAGAAGAGAUAAAAGCAUUGUUUAAUAAUGAAUUUGAAGAAGUUUUCAGAAUCUCGCAUCCUACCUGUGCUGAGAGAUGUUUUUUUGAGGACUUAGUUAUGAAGCAAGCUGCUCAACCUCCAGCAUUAAAAAACAACACAACUUGCCAGCCUUUGGAAGUGCUGCCUGUAGCACCACCACCUAAGCCUCGAAAGCUGACAGAGGAAGAAAUAAGACAGGUGGAAGAGCAGGAAGAGGAUACGUUGCGUGAACUCAGGAUUUACUUAAGAGAUGUGGCUCAAAGACUUGUCAUUGACGAACGUUUCAAAGCAUUUACAAAGCCCAUUGUCUCAGAGGAGGCACCCAAUUACAAGGACACCAUUAAACAGCCCAUGGACCUCUCAACAGUUCUCUCCAAGACUGACAUGCACCAGUACCUAAUUGCAAGAGAUUUUCUAAAGGACAUUGAUAUAAUCUGUAGCAAUGCUUUACAGUACAAACCAAAUAAAGGGCCUUCAGAUCACCUCCUGAGGCACAAAGCUUGUAGUUUGAGUGAUACUGCAUAUUCCGUAGUGAGGCAUGAAAUGGAUAAAGGUUUUGAGCAACGCUGCCAAAAAAUUAAAGAAUCUCAUAAGGAAAGAGAUAGCCACAUAAGACACAGUACUUGGCUCUGUGGGUGUAAGAAAGCAAACCCAAAGUGUAAUGAGAAAUGGAAGAUGCCUGCAGCGCCUGUGGACACCAGUAUCUCCUGCUCUAAUGGCAAGUUGCAUUUUUUUCAGGCUUUCCUGGAGAAGGUGGUGAAGUCACUGCUAUGUUCUCUGUUCCUGUGGCCUAAAAGCAGGUUCCUGUGA